GUAGAGACGGAUGGAGUAACACCCUUUCCUCUUUUAGCAAUUUAUGUUCUGAAGCCCACACACUAACAGUUACACACAACCUUGACUCAACUGCACACAUCCCAGUAUUUCCACAAGGUCAAUUUCAUUGCUUCCUUGUGAGACUCUCUCUCUUUACUGUAAAAGUUAUAAAGCUCUUUCUCCACAUCUCAUUCUCUGCCUUCCAUUCUCUGUCUUUUUCUUCCCCAAUUUCCCUUUCUUCCUUUCCCAAUUCCCAUAUGGCUGACGCCAAAGAUUCCUCCAUUCUCAACUCAAAAUCCAAAUCUUCCCCAACCUCAACCACAAUCUCUCAACAACAACAACAACAACGUAAGACAACAAAAAUCUUAAUGGCUCAGAACAUCCUCAGACUCCUACCCACUCUCCUCUCCGCAGCAUCCGUCGCAAUCACCGUCACCAACAGCCAAACCGUUUUCAUCUUCGGUCUCCGUUUCGAAGCCCACUUCUACUACUCACCCUCCUUAAAAUUUUUUGUUGCGGCGAAUUGUGUGGUGGCUGCCAUGUCCUUCCUGACACUGAUAGCCAACUGUCUGAUAAAACGUCAGCCGUCACCUAACUACAAUUUCUUUAUCCUCUUGCACGACAUGGUGAUGACGGUGGUGUUAAUAGCUGGAUGUGCAGCAGCAACUUCCAUAGGGUACGUGGGACAGUUUGGAGAAAAGCAUGUGGGUUGGCAGCCAAUAUGUGAUCAUGUCACUAAAUUCUGCAGAAGAAACUUGGUUUCCCUUUUGCUUUCUUAUUUUGCCUUCAUUGCCUAUUUUGCACUCACUAUUUUAUCAGCCUACAACUCCCUCUUUUCUUCUCCCAACAAAACUACACAAAACCAACCACACCACACCACCUAGCUAUUCUUAUUUUAUAUGUAAUGGAUUCUAUGCUUCUUCAACAACUUUUUAUUUUCGUUAAUGCCUUAUAAAUGCUACCUACAACACCAUUUAGCCUCUUGCCUAUCCUACACAAACUCCCUUAUUAUAGAUAUAUAUAACAUUUCCUGCAUUUAUUUC